GUUCGCUUGUGGUUUGCAGCGUGCCCUGGCGUUGCGAACCACCGCGGGCAUACCCAGCAGCAGUUGGUGCAGGUGCGCAGCGGCGACUUCGUUACGCAGAGCCACCACCUCGCGGACCAGGUGGCACCUUCAGGCAGGAGGCCCAGGCGAGGAUGACAAGUGA